CUCCAUGGUGCUGGUUGCCUCCGCCUUCGUGCUGAGCCUGGGCUACCUGCUGCAGCUGGGUUUCCGGCGCCGGCCCCGGCCCGGCGAGGGGAAAUACCCACCUUAUAUUUCGUCUAAUAUCCCUUUUCUUGGACAUGCAGUAGCAUUUGGAAAAAGUCCUAUUGACUUUUUAGAAAAUGCCUAUGAAAAGUAUGGGCCUGUGUUUAGCUUCACUAUGGUGGGCAAGACGUUUACCUACCUACUGGGUAGCGAUGCUGCUGCUCUAAUAUUCAACAGUAAAAAUGAAGACCUGAAUGCAGAGGAUGUUUACUCUCGACUGACCACACCAGUCUUUGGCAAGGGAGUUGCUUAUGAUGUACCUAAUCCGGUAUUUUUGGAACAAAAGAAAAUGCUAAAAACUGGGCUGAAUAUAGCUCAGUUUAAACAACACGUACCUGUAAUUGAAAAAGAAACAAAGGAGUACUUCAAAUCCUGGGGAGACAGUGGAGAAAGAAAUUUGUUUGAAGCACUUUCAGAGCUCAUUAUUUUGACAGCAAGUCAUUGUUUACAUGGGAAGGAGAUCAGAAACCUACUCAAUGAGAAGGUGGCACAACUGUAUGCUGAUCUGGAUGGGGGAUUUACUCAUGCAGCUUGGCUUCUGCCAGGUUGGCUUCCUUUACCUAGCUUCAGACGUAGAGACAGAGCACACAGAGAAAUAAAGAACAUUUUCUAUAAAGUAAUCCGGAAACGCCGUCAAUCUGGGGAAAGGGAGGAUGACAUGGUCCAAACAUUGCUGGAUGUUACGUAUAAGGAUGGCCGUUCGCUGACAGAUGAUGAGAUUGCUGGAAUGCUUAUUGGAUUGUUGUUAGCAGGCCAGCAUACGUCUUCUACCACCAGUGCCUGGCUUGGCUUCUUUUUAGCUAGAGACAAAUCAAUACAAGAACAAUGCUAUGCAGAACAGAAAGCAGUUUGUGGAGAAGACUUGAGGCCCCUAAAUUAUGACCAGCUGAAGGAGCUGAACAUGCUGGACCGCUGUCUAAAAGAAACUUUAAGGCUUAGACCUCCUAUAAUGACCAUGAUGAGAAUGGCCAGAACUCCCCAGACUGUUGCUGGCUAUACUGUACCUCCUGGCCAUCAGGUUUGUGUCUCUCCCACUGUUAAUCACAGACUUAAGGAUUCUUGGAUAGAAAGUUUAGAAUUCAAACCUGACCGUUACCUCCAAGAUAACCCUACAGCUGGAGAGAAGUUUGCAUAUGUGCCAUUUGGUGCUGGCCGUCAUCGUUGCAUUGGAGAAAACUUUGCUUAUGUUCAGAUUAAGACUAUUUGGUCUACUCUGCUUCGUUUAUAUGAAUUUGAUCUCAUCGAUGGAUAUUUUCCUACUGUAAACUAUACAACCAUGAUUCACACACCUGAUAACCCAGUUAUCAGAUACAAGAAGCGAUCACACUAA